GUUAAUGCUGAUCGGGGUUUGAGCAGCUAAGGUCUGAUCCUCUCAAGACCAAAUUGAUCAAGUGUCAUUUGAGAAAACAAUCCAUGCUGAUUCGAUUUCUUAUAACAAUCUGCUAAAGACACUAACUCAUCCAACUCUUGAGGUUAUUUAUUUCCAAGCCCAGCUAGACCAACCAGCACCGAAUAGCAGCAGAGGAGCUAUUAUGAUGACUGAUUAUGAUAUUAAUGUUAUUAGGAUGAAAGGAUACUCUAUUGACUUUUCAGAUGAAGACUUUGGGAUCUCUGGAAAUGGUGACUAUAUAUACUUGGUGCAGGAAGCAACUUCAUUGAUCAUGGAAGUCAAUUCUACUGACCUAGGUAUUGUUAAUAUUGAUUCUAUAUCAAAUUUGGUCAUCAGGUCUCAGUUUGGAGUUGAUACAUUUGGAAACAAAGUGUUUUACUCUGCAAGUUCUCAAGAUUUUACUGCAAGUGGCAUGUGAAUAUGGCAAAGACUUACAACUUCGACUGAAUGAUAUUACUAUGGGCAUAGUUCUAAUGUCAACUAUAUUCCGAUUAGUGAGAAUCAAGCUUUCAUGGCUACCAUGAAAGCUUUUGAAAACAACCUCUACUUUGUUUCAAUCAACCUACAAAAUCCUCCAACCUUCAACUGGAGCAAAUAUAUAACUUGUUCUUCAUCUUGUACAACCAAGAUGUCCCAAUCCAUCGUAAGCAACAACGGAAAAUUCAUUUACUCAAUGAAUGCAUUCGGUGGCAGAUUGAUGUAUCACACUCUCGAUAUUUCUACUGGAAAUGCAGUGUGUCCUGGACUCUUAUCCUCGGGUGACUCCAACUUCGUUAAUGAUAUUAAUGAUUUCGGAGAUUCAGUGUUUGUUGUCUUUCAGCCUUUGUCAUCAUCAAAUUGGGAUAUCAUUAUCAUUGAUCCGCUGUCAUGCACAGUUUCGAAAGAAUACACAAACAGCACAACUAAGUUCUUCUCGUCUACAAGAAUCAUGAAGUCUAGGACAGAAUACAUUGUAUUGGCAGGAGAACUCUCGAGAGACUAUAAAAUUCUAAUAUCCAAAAUCAACGAGAUUGAGAGGUUCAGCUUAUUAAUUCAAAAGACUUCUACGUUUUCAAAGAUCACCACAGAUUUUGUAAUCAGUGAUCCUGGGUCUAUAGCAGCUUUGACUCAUUCUUUACACACUAUGAUUCCACAAGCUUUAGCGACAAUAAGUUCUAGUGACAUAAGUGUAACUACCACAGAGGAAGAAUAUAUUACAGUCUUUUGGAAUGAUGAUUUUGCUAAAUCAUAUCUUUCUCAAUCUCUAGUUAAUGUUUCUUUCAUUUGGGCGUGAUCCCACUCGUCCAACGUAUCUGCCAUAUCCUUCAGUCUACAGCCUCUGGAUAAUGAAAAAGUGCCAAAUUGGGUUUAUCUUGACUCUAAUAGCGAGAUUUUGACUUUAAACAAGACACCUGCAGUCUCCAAAGACACUCUAUACAAGUUCGCUUUGACCAUUGAUGAUGGAACAGAGUCAGUCCUAAAGAAGUUUUAUAUAACAGUCAAACAGUGAGCAGUCAACAACUGACAGACAUGUCAGUCUGACGAUCCGGAAUUGUGAUCAGAGUGAAGUGUCGGUUACACACUCAGUGACAGCAAAGACCAAUGUGUAGAAGCAGAUGCUCAAACUGCAGCUGUCAUGGGACAGUCAAUGGCAGGAGUUGGAGUCGUAAUUUCAAUGACAUUGUCAAUGGCAACAAUGAGUUCUCCAGUAGGAAUGUUUGCUCUUAUCAACCAGUUCCAGCUGUAUAUUUUGCUGCCAAUGUUGCCUCCAUAUUUCCCAGCCAAAGUUGGGCAGUUCAUUCUGGGAGUUGACUUUUCAUUUAUAUCGUUUGACUUCAUUCCAGUUGAUGACAUUCCUUUGGUUAAAGAAAUAAAAGAAGCAAUCGAUUACCCUCAAAAGGAUAAUUAUUUGAAUGAUAUUGGCCUAACUUCAAGCAGCUCUAUUAUAAACUAUCUAGGAAUCAUGGUGUUUAUUUUAUUCGUAUUCCUUGUCCAUGCGCUUAUAGGUAUUAUAUAUAGUUUUUCUCGAAACUCCCACAAGUUAAAGAAGCGAAAGAAGAUCAUCAAAGUGAUUUUCCAAUACAUGACAUUUAACUUUUACAUCAGACUUAUUAUUCAAGGCUUUAUGUUCCAUGUAAUUUCAAUUUCUGCAGAGCUCAAGAGUUUCAACUAUCAUUCUACUGUUGGCCUCAUCUCCCUGAUCUUAUGCUUCUUCUUCUCUUUUGGCUUAUUUAUUUUCACUGUGCUAGCAGUUGCUUCUUUCGUUGAUGGAUAUGAAAAUGAACAUUCUGAAUUUCACAAUCACUGGUCAAUACAUGAGUUCUUCUCAGGGAUUAAGAAGUCCAAGUUUGCAAAAUUCAACUCUCUGUGCUUCCUCCUCGUCAGAUUUCUGUCUGUUUUAACAAUAAUCAUGAUUGGGAAUGCAACAGGGAGACAGAGAAGUGAGGUGUCAACCAAGGAUCAUGCAGUUUACUACAUAAAGUGAAGUCUCUUCUUCGUCACAUAUUUAUCAUCAACUCUGUAUGUAUUGAUAGUAAGGCCUUACGAAUCAAUUGUGAACAAUAUAAUUGAAGGAAUCAACCAAAUCAACUUUACUUUGGCCAUAAUUCCACUGGUGUUUCUCCGAUUCGAAUCUGACUGGUCUUCUACUAAAGAAGAUAUUUACAUGCAAUCACUCCUCUCAGGUCCAAUGAUCGGGACUUUGAUUAGUAUCGUUCCAUUGAUAUUUCUUAUCUGAAAUAAAUGCUCAAGUAUUAGAAAGAAGGUCCAUGCAAAAGCUAGAACUAGCACAACAAUGGUAAAGGAUUUAGGGAACAAUGAGAACAACCAAAAGAUGGAAGGAAGUUGAGCAAACUCUCGAGUCCUCAUAUAUGAUAGGACAAAAGGACGACUUGAAGAACAACAAAAUAAUGCAUUGAGAUCAAAAUUAUCUAGAUAA